AUGUUCAUCACAGUGAGAUAUGGAGCCAACUGCCAAGAGAUAGUGAACCUCCAGUGCUGCAUCCUGAACCUCACAGCUCACCUGAAGAGGAAGUGUCAGUGCAAACCUGAAGACUGCAUCGACCUUCUGGAUGAAACAGGCACCUUGAUGAACCUGAGCAAGGUGGAAAAUCCUGCAACUGAAUUCGCCAGUAAAUACCUACGGGAAAGGAAGCACUACAUCCUCAUCAGAGUCAUCCGAGAAGAAAGCUCUGAAGCCACCUGCUAUGAAUCCUUGCUAGAGGACCUGGGGAAACACUACCCUGACCUAACAGGUCGGCUGCAGCAGCUCUCAGCAAAGACCCAGGGGAGAGACCAGAGGAGGAGAGCUCAGCCCUGCAGCAGCAUCCCAGCCAGGCACAAGACCACCUCACAGAGCAAGCGGAGCUCAGAGCUCAAGGAUACCCCUAAAUGA